CAUUUCCCUAUGAUUGGCUCAUUCUGGAAUCUGUGCAGAGCGUGCCCAUCAAUGCCGGUUGACAAGCUCCACUCGGAGUAUAGGAGCACUUAUCGUUGGCAUGAAUUUACGGGCCAUUCGAGGCCGGAGGUUGUGCGCCGGGCGCCAGCUCCAAAUCCAAGUCAAUUUGUUGGUCCAACAAAUGAGCCGCCAUUGCCACGUCGGAAAAAAUGCCCCGAAUUAGCAUAUAAAUCGCACGAGUUUAUUAUAGGAUCCGAAUAUACAGACGCACGUCGGGAUGCCAGUGCGCACCGUUCGGCGAGGUCGGAGGAGCGAGGCACACCCUCGCGCCGCAGCAAAUCGGAAGGACCGCCCGUUGUGCCCAAUGGCCGCGCUUAUCCCAUUGCAACGGAGAUCGAUGGAACUGCAACUAAACAGGCGGCUAAACUGCAUGAGCUGGAACCUUUGGUUAGCGAUACGGAUGAUAGAAAAACACACGAGAAACAAGUGAAUUUUGUGGAGCGCAAAAUUGCAACACGUCCGUUCUCGCAAACAAUCGAUCAGGAGCGUCUCAAUCACUUCAUUACGAAAAGGGAGAACUUUGGCUUCGCCGAUGCCAAGGAGGACAGCAAACAGGGCCAGUUGGUGGUCAUGAAUGGCAGUGCACCGACGGCCUCGAAAGCAAAUUUGGAUUUGUGGUUCAAGGAUAUGGUUGAGCUGCGCAAGAAGGCCGGCGAAUAUAAGUGUCGCGGCUGGGGCAUAGAGAUCGAUCCCGAGUUGUAUAAGAAGCAACGGGAUCUCUGGGAUCAGGUUUCCAAGCGCAGCUCACUAUCAGCACUGUCCUUAGCAUCCACUAUGCACAGACCUAUCACCAAGGAGGAGAAGGAGCAGGAGAAUAAUAAAAAAUCAACGCCAUUGCAAAAGCCGACACAGCCACUAAAGCCACGAGUUCCUGGCCAAGCCUAUUUGAUUGAUAAUAAGGAUGAAAUUUCUGCACUGCCAGCACGAUUUAGCAAUAUACGCCAUCACUUGGAGCGCACCACGGGUCCGGAUGUUGAAGAGGGAGCCUUGUUGCCUUCACCCACGCGGGAGAAACUGAUGCCAGCUAUGACCAAACGUGAGUCAGAAUCUCAACGCGGCAGCCCCAAGAAGACGGCUCUCUCGCGUCACGGUUCGCCGCAGAAGGGCAGCCCCCAGAAGGGCAGUCCCAAGAAGGUCCUCAAAACACGCUCCCAAUCUGUGGGUCCUGGCGCGGUCCACGCUGAGAAUGAGUCACCCAAGCGUCAGAUACGCUCGGCGAGUCAGGCGCCGACGAGCCGUAAAAAGGUACCGACUGCAUCGGCUGGAACUGAACGUAAGCCACGCCCAUCCACCCUAUCCACAACAUCCCAAUCCCGCAUUAAAAGUAGUUCCCUGCCACCGCCUAACGGUAAAGUAGCCGCAGCGCCAACAGCAGCAACCGCAGCAGCAGCAGCAGCCGCCGCUACAGCAACAUCAACAUCAACCGCCCGUACAGCAGCCUCAGCCCAUGCUAAUCAUGCUAAUCAAUCACAUAUAUCACAAUGCAAGAGCUACAACAAAAGCAACAACAAGAAGCCGGCAGCCAAACAGCAACAGCAACAACAGCAGCAACAACUGCAAAUGCGUAAGAAAGACAAAGAUAGAUCGAAUAUUAGUUGCAUUAGUCAAGUUGGUGCUGGUAGCGAGAGUAGUGCAAAUAGUGCGAAGCAUCAGCAAAACAAGCAGAGACAGCAACAGCUACAACAACAGUUACAACAACAACAACAACAACACCACCAACAGCAACAACAACAACAGCAGCAACAACAACAACAACAGACUGCAACGGCACCCACCCGACCUGUCACCAUCAACAUCAAACGGCUAACGGUACCAGGUCAGGAUAGAAAAUUGGCUGAAAACGAUGCCGAAGACGGUCGAGAGACUGCUAUUUCAAUUUCUAGCUGCAGUCCACAGCCAGUGCCCGAGGUGCCCGAUGAGCCAUUGGUGAAAUCGCCGCCGGAGCCCACACGGGUCAAGUCGCCGGAGCAGAUUAUAAUGCGCUCUCCCGAUCCAGUCAACUGGACGGUGCCCUUGGACACUGGCAAGACAUUUACCGUCACACAAAAUGUCAAAGAGGGCGAGAGCUAUAGUCGACCUCAGAGCGAGAUAAAGGCGUCAACACCGGUGGAAAAGCCACCACCGCCACCACAAUCGGCACCGCCACAACUAACCGAACAGGCUAAAAUGGACGCCUGGAAGUCGGUCGGCAGCCCCACAGCGAGCAGCUCGUCUGGCGCUGUUUACGGCAAAACGCUGACGCCCACCACCCAGCCGGGCGGGGCGGUACGUUGCGAAGUCAGCAGCAAGCCGGAGCCGGCCCUCUCAUCGUCCUCAUCGACAGCGACUGCCUCGACGGCUCGUUCAGCUGCCGUUGAUGUCCUGGAGAAGGCGCGUGACCGUUUCGAUCGCUUCUGGGGCGGCAGCAGCAGCACCAGCGGCGCCAACAAGGAGGAGAGUGUCUAAGGAUCGACAAUUGUGGGUCGUAAGUGCUUCAAGUGCAAAAUGUAUUUGGCAUUAAAGCGAACAAACAAUUUGCUAAAUUCAAUUAAAGUUUUUGACACGUAAUGUCCGCCUCAAGCAUGCAAAAGCCACAUACUCUAAUCUCCUGCAAAAUCUGCGCUGCAAAAGCUAUCGAUAGUGCCUCAAGUCAAUAGUUGCGAAAGUCGAUAGAAAGUCUGAUAUGUUGAGUUUCUUCUAUAUAAUACCUCUAUUAUAUAUAUUUGAAAUGUUUCAUUUUCCUAAGUUACAGCUUCCUUUAUAUAAAAAAAAGCUGAAGCGAUAACGUGCAGUCGAUAAAAAUCGAUAAAGAGAGCAAAAAUAACGGUGAUUUAUUGAUAGUUUUGCAGCAGCCUAAACUAUUUCGGCUUUAAAUACCUGUUUACUUGGAAAACUACGAAACAACAACAUAUUCGAUGAAUUAACGUAAAACUCUAUUAAGUUCUCAUAAGAGGCAUACUAGGAUUUCAGCUGAAUUUAAAUUAAAUUAAAUUUAAAUUUAAAUUUAAAUUUAAAUUACCCAUUAAUAGUAGUCAGAGAAGUCAGUCUAGACUAUAAUUUAGAGCGCUCCAUGUGCAUUACGCCCCUAAAGAAUAUAUAAGACACUUACUUUCACUGCCUAUGAUCCCCCAAGAGAAAUAACAGGAAUUUUCGCGAGCACCCUAAACACAAGCUGGAAAUAAUAAAAAAGUAAUUCUCGAAAAAAUAAAAAUCGAAUUGUAAUAGCAUUAAACCAAGGACAACAUCACCGCAGAGACCCGUCCAACAAAAAGAAAAAUAAUGAACAACAAACAUAAUGAGCUAAAGUGUUUUAGCUAAAAACGAAAACCUCAAAUUUUUUGUAACUUUCAUUAAGAUGAAAACGACACAGGUAAAUCCAAUGGCAAAAUACUUAUGCUGAGUAUAUUGGGUAAUGCAUAUAGGGUGAACUAAAGAGAUCCGGCAAUUAGAACACAAACUUGAACAAAAAUAGAUUUUGCACAUGAGCUACAAAUAAAACAAGAAAAAAAAAAAAAAA